UUGAAAACUUGGUUUCCAGGUAGUCGCUCAUCGCCUUACAAGUCAGCCGCGUCCGCCACCACGAACAUUAAUUCACAUAAAUAUGAAUCCUUCUCACUCAACUGCCCCCAUGUUGCCGAUGCUAGCAAUGAUAAAGUUCGCAUAGAGGUCACCUGGACGUUAAAUGACACUAUAUGGCUUAAGAUUGAAGACGGCCAGAAGAAAAUUUUCAACCAUUUGACAACGUCCAAUAAACGAGUCGUUUCUGGUAAAACUGUUCUUCGUGUGCUUCUAAACAACGGUCGGUAUUUCUUUGAUUAUGACGAACUCACGGGUGACUUUUCAAUGGAAAUUAGACCAGUACAUGAAAACGACGCUGGCGUGUGGCAAUGUCACGUUACGGUAUACCAACAAGGAAAUACCCAUACGCUUACGAGCAGAAACAGGGUCAAAGUACCCCAUAAAGUCGGUUCUUUUAGAUUUCUUAUUAAUAAAGGAAAAGAAAACUUGAAAACACAGAAAAAGAUCUUUGAAACAUUUUAA